CAGCUUCCUGAAGAGCCAUCCGGUAGUCUCGCAUCCGAACACUCUUUUGACAGUCUGUCCCAAACGUAUCCUGAUCGCAAGCUGAGCAUUCCUCUACAGAAUGCGAGUGAGCUAGCGCUGCUGGCUGAAGAAGUGGUAGAGCGGCAGCUGUGUCCGGAGAAGGAAGAGCACUCGACGAGCGAUCUCUCAAGAAUUGUCAAUUAUCUCACUGCCGAUAAAGUACCACACAUAUGGAAUGUUGAACGGCGAUUUUUCCUCAUGUGUUCAAUGAGCGAGGAUGCAUCGAUCAAGAUAUACAAAGAUUCUACGCAGCGGCAGGCCAAUAAUCUCAUCAAACAUACCUCGAAGAGGUUGGUCCGUGUGUUUCCAGCAAACAUGCGCAUCACCUCG